CACCAUGUCACAGGUGGCAGUCAACCAAUUCACACAGACAGGGAUGCAGUCAGUGGUGACAGUAGAAGGACAUUGUUUUCAAUCAAUUUCUUUUAUUUCUUUUCUAUGAGUUUGUGUUGCUUUUUUGAUUGUUCCCUCAGUAUUUAGAGACAAACUAUCUUCGGUCUUCACUGCAUCGAGCUUAACCAAAAGAGCAUUAAGAUGUCUGUGAAGCUGCUGGGAGAGAUUUGCAGCCUCUGGGUUCUGUGGGCCGUGGUGCACUGUCACCCACAAUGUCGAGAUGGAAGUCCUCCCGCCGCCAACCCAGAGCUAGAUAUGUGCGACAUGUACAGACAGGAAUGCUGCUGCAUGACCCCGCAGGACGUCAACCUGGGGGAGGAGUACGAACUUAUACGGCAUCGUCUGGCCGAGCAGGACUGGAGGCGGUGCCGGGGCUACGUCCGGGACCUGCUCUGCUCAAACUGCUCUCCCAUCGCUGCGCACCUCUUCGACACGGAUCUCGGCUCCGACGCACAGCGACGGGAGUUGCCUGGAAUGUGCCCCGAAUUUUGCCGAAGUUUCUUCGCGUCUUGUCGCGACACCUUGUGGUUCUUGUACCCUGACGUUGCCCCACUCGUUGCCUCCAUGAACUCGACGACCUUCUGCGAGCGUUACAGGAUCCUGGACCUCGGCUACUGCACCUCAAAGUCAGACGAACAACCCCAGGCUAAGCUCAGUGCAGAUGAGUUUUCCAACAAAAACGCUGAUGAGGUGUGCGUGUGCUUAGAGAAAGUUGCUGAUCGUCUGGCCAACCCUGUGUUUGCCAGAUCCCCACGUGACCACUCCGGCCGGCUGUUCGUGGGAGAACAAAGUGGGAUGAUCUAUGUGGUGGACUCCACGACAAGAAAGAAUCUCAAAACCACCUUCCUGAACAUCGAAAACAAGGUCCUCCUCUCACCGUCGUUUGGAGACGAGAGAGGGUUAGUAGGCAUGGUGCUUCAUCCCAACUUCACUCACAAUGGACGAUUUUUUAUUUACUAUAGCACGGCCCUAAACGGCACGGAGGACUCUCUACGUGAGCAGGAAAAGGAGCUGAACGCGCGGUUCGUCCACAAAGUGCGCGUCAGUGAACUCUUCGUGUCGUCACGCGACCCUGAGCAGGCGGAUCCGGAGUCGGAGAGAAUCCUCUUGGAGGUCUUUAAGCCUUUCGCUAACCACAAUGGAGGGGAGAUGUUCUUCCUGGACGAUGGCUACCUGUACAUCACCAUUGGAGACGGAGGUGGCGCCGGUGACGUGCACAACCUUGCCCAGAACAAGUCUUGGCUUCUGGGCAAGAUACUGCGCAUAGACGUGGAUUCUGACACCCCGGGUGCCUACGGCAUACCUCACGACAACCCUUUCGUCCAGGAAGCUGGAGCCCGGGCUGAAAUAUUUACAUACGGAGUCAGAAACACAUGGCGAUGUGGGGUAGACUCCGGUGAUGAAAAGACAGGAGCGGGCAAGGGAAGAGUACUUUGCGGUGAUGUCGGACAGUCUAAGUAUGAGGAGCUUAACCUCCUGAAAAAAGGAGCGAACUACGGAUGGCGUGCCAGGGAGGGCUUCAGCUGCUACGAUCCGACUAUGUGUGGUGAAAUCGGACCAGAAGAACUCCCAGUUUACGCCUAUAACCAUUCGAUUGGCCAGUCGGUGACAGGAGGUGAGUUUUACAGAGGGUGUCGAAGCCCAGCGCUCAACGGAAAAUAUGUGUACGGUGACUACAUGGUAGGUCGCUUGUUCACCUUGGAAGAAAAGGACGGAAGAUGGGAGAACAAGGAUUUGAAACCUUGCGCAAGCAGCACGUGCAAUGCACGAGGGCUGACGUCACAACUCGAUCGUUACAUCCUGUCCUUUGGGCUCGAUGAAGAGGGGGAGGUACUGGUGCUGACCAGCAACAGCAGUAAAAACAAGGUUCGUGAUGGAGGAGUCUACAGACUUGUUGACCCGUUCAGCGGGUCGACGGAAGGAAGUUGCCACAAAAACUAGAGGACAAGGGACUUACAAUCGUCACACUGGUAAUU